AUGGCGGGCCCGUACGCGCGCUCGCCGGAGAAGGCGAGCCCGAGCACCGGCUCGCCCCUAACGCGCGAUAUUCCCGGAUCGCCCUCGCGCGGCGGGUCUAAGCGGGCGCCCCGAUCCGCCCCGCCCCGUCCCAGCAGCGAUGUUAGCCGGCAAUUGAGGUCGCCCGUCAAGAGCGUCUACCAGGACGCGCUCCUGGAGGGGUUCAUGGGCAAGUACGGCCCGGUGGACGACGCCUCCAUCGCCGCCGCGGAUAAGCACGCGAUCGAGCUCAAGAAACGGUACGCGCGCGCGAGGACGGAGGAGGAGCGGGAGCGAUGGAUCAACCUCGCGUCCGAGGCGACGCUCAAGGCGAACAUGAUGCGAGCCGAGCGGGACUUCCUCCAACGCCAGGGGCGGGAGGUGAGAGGAGCCGCGCGGGUCGACGCUCGCGGCGCUCCCGCCCACCGCACAUUCGUGGGAACCGACGAGGAACACGCCGCGGCGGUCCGGAUGCAGCGCAUCCAACGCGGCAGGGCCGCGCGCGACCGAGUCAAGGCGAUGAGACGCGAGCGAGCUUCGAAUCGAGAAGCUUCCAAUCGAGCGCGCGACGACGCGAGAGUGCGGCACGACGCCGCCGCGCGCAUACAGGCCGCCGUCCGCGCCAAGACCGCGCGCGAGAGGGUCGGUAAGAUGCGCGCGGAUGAACGCGUCGCCGCCGCGAGGGCGAGGGUCGCGAGGAACGCCGCCGCGGAGCGAGCCGCGCGUUGGCGCGAGCCGGAGCCCUCGUUUGAAUCGCCGUACCUCCACUCCGCCGCGUCCUCGAGGGAGGCGACGCCGGUCAAAUCGCGCCCCGCGUCGGCGUCCUCGCAAAAAGAGGCGGCGGCGACGACGACACAGCUUUCGACGACGACGACGACGGCCGUGUCGCCGUCUGGGCGGCGCCCGGCGAGCGGCAUAACCUUCCCGGGCGAGGACGACCACGUCCGAAGGAUGCGCGCGUUCCGCGAGAGGGUGGAGGCCAAGGCGAACGCGAUCGGGGCGCUGCCGGCGCGGCGCACCCGCCCCGCGCCGCCGCCGAAGCCAUCCCCGGCCAAGAGCAUCCUCAAAUCCCCCGCCGAUCGCCCCCGGUCCUCGCCGGGGGCGAUCGAGUACGCGUCCCCUCGUCGCGGCUUUCUCGACGACGACGACGCGCUCGUUCGAAGCGCGCAACCCCCAUCCCCGGGCGACGCGCAUCGGUCGAGAGAGGCCCGGCCGAGAGAGGCUCGUCGGAGCCUCCGCGUCAGCUUCGAGCUCGCCGAGGACCGCGAGCGGCGGGAGGAGGACUCCCCGGCGACGUUGGCGCGCAAAGCGGAGCUCGCCAUGGACGAGCGCUUUCGCCCGAGGGUCCCGCGCGAUGCGGUCGCGGCGGCGCGGGACGCGGAGCGCGCCCUGGCGGCGGCGGAAGCCGCGGUGGCGACGGCGACGCGGAACAAGGCGGCGCGGGACAGGGUCAAGGCGCGCGCGGGCGGGGGGCGGGCGACGCCGGGGCGGAAAAUCGUCGUCGUCGACGAGGAUUCGGAGAGGUCGCGGGAUCGAAUCCCGUUGUCGCCGUCGCCUUCGCCGCGUCGGACCCAAUCCUCGGCGAGGCGGACGCCCCCUACCGCGGGUCGUUCGCCGUCGCUGGAGCUGUCCCCGAGCCCCGUCCCGGCAACCCGCGCGCCCGUGCGGGCCACCGCGAGGGCGUUUCGGCCGAGCAAGAACGAGAGGGCUCGCGAGUACAACAACCGGCUUCGCGAGCGUGAGCACCGCGAGCGUCUGCGGCGUCGCGAACGGUCGGUGCAGGCGGAGAAGGCGGCGGCGGUGCGGGCGGGAGUGUCGGUGGCGGACCAUCUCGACUCGAAGCUCACCGCCCGCCAGCGAGCCGCCGCGAUCAUGCGACAGGUUGACGCGGCGCAGCGCAACUCGGAGACUGUGGCGGGGAUCUUCGUGUCGUACGUCGCCGCGCGUAAAUCCGGGGAGGAAAUCGACAGGAGGCACGCCAAGGACGUCGCGGCGAUGGCGCGGUCCAUGCCCGCGUUCAGGGCGCUCCCGCCCGUGCACGUCGCCGACGCGCUCGCCGCCGCGGAGGUUUCGCGGCACGCGACGGGCUCGGUGAUUUUUCACGAGGGUGACCGCGGCGACGCCCUGUGCGUGGUGGUCGGCGGCGAGGUCGCGCUGUUCCAGAAGGGCACCAAUUUGAAGGGCCCCAGGGAGCUCGCCCCGGACUACGAGCUCCUAUGGGCGACGGAGAGCGUCAGGCGCGGACGCGAGGGCGCGGACGCGGCGUUCCGACUGGCGAAGCCCGGCGAUAAGCGACCGGGCAGCGCGGUGACGCCGACAAAGGAGCGAAGGACACGCGGCAAAGGAGGACAUCAAGGAGGAGGAGGGGCGUACGACGGCGACGACGGGAUCAUCACCGACGCCGCGCACGACGUCCAGGCCGCGGCGCUCGGCGCGCCCAAGCACUGCGGCCGAUUGGCCCGGCGCGUGCGUCUGGGUCACGCGUUCGGCGAAAAGGCGGUGACGCGGCGCGGCGGCGAGGCUCGAGCCGCCACGGCCGUCGCGCUCUCCCCGGUCACCGUCCUCGCGAUCAACAGGUUUAAAUACGCCGCGAUCAUGAAGGCGGUGGGCGCGACGGAGAGUGCGGACGUCGCCGACUUUCUCCGCGACACGGAGCUCUUUCCGGAGACGCGCGUGUCGGACGAGGACCUCACGGAGUUGGCGUCUAAGCUCGUCGUGAUCCGCGCGGGGCCCGGGGAUGUCGUCGUCGCUGCUGGGGACCACGCGAAGGGCGCGUUCUUCGUGCGUUCGGGGCGCGCCAAGGUGAGCGCGACGGCCAGGGUGAUGGUGGAGCCCCCAUCCGAUGAGGUUGUUCGAAGGGACGUCGGGAACGACGAGUCCCGGGACGGGUUUCGCGGCGCUUCCGUUCGGAGCUCCGUUCGCUCGAGUCGGGACUCGUCAUACGACGCGGAGGCGCGUUCGUCGUCGUCGCUGCCGGUGUCGCCGCUUCGACCGCGAACCGGCAGUGGCGGAGGCGCCUGGCGAAGGGCGCCCACCUACGAAACGCGCGACGUCCCGUUGGGCGAACUGGUCCCGCCGGCGAUUUUCGGCGAGGAGUGCCUCGUCCCCUUCGAGUACUCGGACGAAGCCGGGGGCGGGGUCGGGCCGGGACGACACGCGUUCACCGUCCGGGUAGAUCCGGAAGGGGAUCCGCACGGCGCGGUGUUCCUCCGGCUGCCCCCCACGUACCUCGCGUCCCUCCCGGCGGUCGUCGCGAAGCGUCUGACGCAGCUGGCGAAGAGCACGAGCGCGGCGAGUAAGGAGGCGACCAAAGCGCUCGACGACGCGGGCUCGGAACUUCGAAGAUCGACGGAGGGCGGAGGCUGGGCGAGGCGGUCGCCGUCCUCGGGGGGGGCGGCGCCGCCGCCGCCCGCCCGGAGCGUAGCGUCGCCCUCCGUCCGCGCCGGGUUCGGGACGUCCGCCGCCCCGAGGAACGAGCCGACGGCGGCGCUCGACUCGGCCCGGUACGUCGGCGUCGAGGAGGGCCGCGCGCCAAUCGGCGUCGGCCUCGGCGGCGGCGGCGGACGGACUCGGGAGGUGGGCACGCCGAGCGCGCUCGCGAGGCAGGCGCGUCGGGAUUCGCGGGUGAGGCCGGCGACGGCGCUGGCGGCGAUGACGCGGACGGAGAUGCGCGCGGGAGGGUUCGUCCCUUCCUCCCCGAGCGGCGGGCCGGGUGGAUCUGCCCGCCGGCCGAGGUCCGCCGUCGUCGCCGGCGCCUCUCCCGUCCGCCCUUACGCGCCUUCCUCCUCGCUCGAUCCGGACUCCACGUUCGAGGACUACCUCGACCACGACGACGACGCGGACGCGUCGUUCGGAUCGCCGUGGGGCACCCCUGCGAAGGCGUCGUCGUCGGCGGGGUAUCGCGCCGCGAUGGCGCGAGAGUUGCGGUCCAGCAUCCUCGGUCCCCCGGCAAUCGGGUCCGCUCCGGGCCGGGCCGGGGCGUCGCGGGGCGGAUCGACGAAGGCGUGGAGGAAGGCUCCGGACGUCCAGGUGAGGCUUACCAAGAAGGCGGCGGCUCUCGCGGAGAAGAACAGGCCGAUCAGGGAGUGGCGCGAGCGGGGACGGGGACGAGAGAUCGGCGGCGUCGACGACGACGGGUAUUUUUCGUCGAGGCCGGCGACGGCGACGGGCGCGGGCGCGGGGCGGUCCACCGCGGGCGUCGUCGGCGACCGCGGCCGCGUCAGGCCCGCGACUGCGGCUGCGGCGAUGGACUACGGGGGUCUGUGGGGGGAUGACGCGUACGACAUGGGGGGAUGGACGAGGGGCAGCAAACUGUAG